CCAUCCUCCUCUCCUAUUUAAACCACCAUCUCAAAAGAAGUCCAGAGACAUAACAUGUGGUCUACAUGAACCCACCAAUCCACCAAUUCAAAGCCUUUCACCCCCUUGGAACCAACGUUCAUGGCGGCCGGAAUUUCAGUCGCUGGUUGUUCUUCAAGAACCAUUCUUUUCAAGCACAACCCAAUUCUCGGCCUGAAGCCCACUAAACUAUUCUCUCCCUCCAUUCAGAAUCUUGAUAAGAUUUUGAGUUGUAAAUGGAAGAAUAACUUGACUGUUUGUUUUGUGUUGGAGGAUGAGAAAUUGGAAUCGAGUGGAGAAUUGGAGAGGAACCCAAUUGCAGAGGAGAUUGAGAGAGAAUUAUCUGCAGCCCGACUGGCUGAGAAAUUCGCUAAGAAGAAAUCAGAGAGAUUUACUUAUCUCGUCGCUGCUGUUAUGUCCAGUUUUGGGAUUACUUCUAUGGCUGUCAUUGCUGUUUAUUACAGAUUUUCCUGGCAAAUGGAGGGUGGGGAGGUGCCUUAUGCAGAAAUGUUUAGUACAUUUGCUUUAGCAGUGGGGGCUGCUGUAGGUAUGGAAUUUUGGGCAAGAUGGGCUCACAGAGCUCUCUGGCACGCAUCCUUGUGGCACAUGCACGAGUCGCACCAUAGACCAAGAGAAGGCCCUUUCGAGCUCAACGACAUUUUUGCCAUAAUCAAUGCUGUUCCGGCCAUAGCCCUCCUCUCCUAUGGUUUUUUCCACAAAGGCCUUGUUCCUGGCCUAUGCUUCGGAGCUGGUCUUGGAAUUACGGUUUUUGGCAUGGCCUACAUGUUCGUCCAUGAUGGUCUUGUUCACAAGAGAUUCCCCGUGGGGCCCAUUGCAAAUGUACCAUAUUUUAGAAGCGUUGCUGCAGCUCAUCAACUUCAUCACUCGGACAAAUUCGAAGGUGUCCCAUAUGGACUGUUCCUAGGACCUAAGGAAAUUGAAGAAGUUGGAGGGCUUGAAGAAUUGGAAAAAGAAACGAGCAGAAGAAAUAAAUUUUCUAAGAAUUCAUGAUGUUUUGUGGGACACAUGUUGAAAAAUUAUUAGAAUGAAGAAAAUUAGCGGGAAAGUAAUGAAAUUGUUUUGAUUUAAUCUUCUUCUUGUGAAACGAAAAAUUGAUAUAAAAAAUCAGCUACUUGUAUAAGGAUAAGAAGACAUUAAAUCGUUAAUGACUGUGAA